AUGAACGCAGCACGUGGAAUUGAGAUGGGGCCUGUGAAGGCAGUACGUGAAAUUGAGGUGGGGCCUGUGAAGGCAGCACCUGGAAUUGAGAUGGGGCCUGUCAAGGCAGCACGUGGAACUGAAGUGGGACCUGUGAAGGCAGCAUGUGGAAUUGAGGUGGGGCCUGUGAAGGCAGCACGUGGAAUUGAGAAAAUCCACGAGACCAAGCAUGAAGGUCGCAUGAAGAUGGACAAGGCGCUGGUAUCAGCAGAAAGCCUUCUGCAGGGUGGAGAUGAAGACCUGAGGAACCAGACCAAUGCUAAGCUCAGGGAGCUGAAGACCCUGUGGGAGGAGACCUGCACCUACGUCACCCACUGCCACAGUCGGAUUGAGUGGGUGUGGCUCCACUGGAGUGAGUACCUGAAGGCCUAUAAGGAGUUCGAGCUGUGGUUGGCACGACAACAGUGUCUGCUGGACGUGGCUGUGGAGUUGCAGCUGGGGGUGAAAGAGAAGCUCUGGCAGGUGGACCAGCAGAGGGUGGUCGUGAGCGACGUCCAUGGUCAUGCUGCUCUGCUGGAGAGGUUACUGGACGAGGCUGCCGCACUGCACAACAGGACUCAGGACGCCAGUAUAGACCCACAGGUCCAGGAGACGAUGCAGGAGGCAUAUGGUGACGUCCGGACCGGGCUGAGCUGUAAAGAUGAAAGAGCAGCAGUGGAGCGUCUGUCAGUGCUCCAGAAAAUCGCAGGGAGCCCAAGAUGUACCAAGGAUGGUGUUCAGAGGUUCCGUCUGGCUGCUUCAAAAACAAGGGAGCUGACUGAUCUGAUGGAGACGGAGGACACAGCCGACAACAAGCUCAGAGCCUUACGGGUCCUGGAUGAUAGCGUAGCCAGUGAAGAGAAAACCCUGCAGCAUAUCGAGGGUGUGUCAGAGGCUGUCAGAGCCAAUACUUGUCCUGCAGGAGCUGAAGUGGUGGUGGAGGAAGCUGAAGAGCUGAGGCUCGGGUGGCAGAGGUUGAGGCAGGGGCUCUAUGAGGCGGGUGAAGGCCUCCGGUCCAGUUUGGACUCCCACAGUCAGUACCUGACCAGGUGCCAGCAGCUAGGGGAAGACAUCAGCCGUCUCAGGUUGCUUCUCCAGGGGCUGGACAAGGAGCUGGAGGAGGGCAUGGAAACUGGUGACCAGGAUGAACACACCGAAGACCAGCUGGUUGGCCAGUGGAGGAAGUACUCAGGUGUCAGAAAUACUCUGGAAGAAGAGGAGUCCCAGGUGGAGCACCUCAAGGCUCAGCUGAAGGAGCUGUUUCGAUUCUCUCAGGACUCGCGUCACCUUUCCCAUGAUGUCCUGGCUGUUGUCAAGGAGCACCAGAGCGUGAAGAGCCGUGCGACCCAGCUUUGUUCGGAGUCUGAGUCAGGCCUGGAAAACGUCCUUCAGGACCCACUGCUGGUCUUUGCCCAGUGGAGCCACAGGGUCUCUCAAGCUCUCCAAGGUUCUUCUGAGGUCAAUGACUUCUCCCACAUCGCCAUGUUGGUCCAGAGCAUAGAGACGCUUCUGACAGACAGCAUUCAGCUGAAAGAAGCCUUCAGUCUGCUGCAGGAGAAAAGGGAUCUGCUGGUGUCCGUGUUCGGGUCAGAGAGAGGUGACGGCCUGCAGGGUGAGCUGAGUGCUGCCAUCAGGACGAGAGAACUGCUGCACGCGCAGCUGCUGCAGAGGAAGACCAGGCUGCAGGGUUUAAUCUCAAGAACCAAGGACUUCAGUGAGGCCUCUGACUUAAUUCGCUCCAAGCUGGCAGGUCUUCGAGACCUACUGAAUGCAGCUGACAGCCUCCAACCCGACAUUCUGGCCAAGAAGAGCCAGUUGGACCAGUUGAGGAUCAUCCAGAAGGACCUGGAGGACUGCCAAGGCCACAUCACAGCCCUGGAGACUCUGGCCUCCUCCAGUCCCAGCAGCAGGACUCAGUCUGACAAGCUGCAGGUGGAGUGCAAAAACCUCCACAAGGCUGUCAGGGUGAGACCGGAAAACACACAAAAAGAGUGUUUUCAGUCUGGAGCUUUGGUGACCACCAUCUGCAGUCGAUGCUCAUCAGCCAGUGAGCCAGAACUCACCAACGCCCAGCAUCACACCAGUGUUUACCACAACUCAGACAGCAAAGUGCACUCAAACAUCCCCUACAUGGCCCUGUGUCCUCUGUCACUGACUGCUGAAGGCUUCUUUCUCUGCGAGUCGCACUCUGAUGUACUAAUCAGCGACACUUGUCCGCAGAGAGCGCUGGGAGAGUUUCCAGAGAAGGAACUUCAGCUACAGCAAAUGGAAGUCCAGGGUCAAGGGGUUUUGGAGAGGACUUCAGAGGAAGGCCGGAUCCACAUCCUUGGUGACAUGAAGCAUCUACGAGAGUCCUGGACGGCCGUGUACAACAUGAGCCUCAACAUUCACAGGCUGCUGAACGCCUCUGCAGGACUGUGGCGGGUUCGAGGCCUGUCGGCAGAAAAUGCACCAUCAACGGAGCUCAGUCUGGAGAAGAUGGACAUUCUGCACAGCACAGGAGGCUCCAGGAGCCAGAACAACCAACCCAAAGACAAAUUCGAACACCAUGGAGUCCAUGCAAGAUCUGGGUCUGCAGGAGAAGGCAGCAUGGAGUUCUUGAGGCUGGGCAGAUGGAUUCCAGGCCACUUGCAGCAAGGCCAUCAACCUCCCGGACCAGUCAAGGACAGUGGCUAUGGGGCUGCCGGAGAAGUAGAAGAUUCCUCUUCUUGGACAGUCCUUGGUAGAUCAGGACAGACGGGCCAGAGCUCUGCAGGGGUUUCCAGAACCUCUGCAGCUGAGCCUGGAAGCCCUAAAAGCAGCGUGUUGACAGGACUACACGGGAGAACCGCCGCCACCACAACGGUCACCGGCAGCCAGCCAAGCAGCCUGAGCUGUGGAGACGGUAGCGUGGAGACGGAGGAGAGUCUGAGUCCAGGAGGAGGUGCUUUCACAAUGUUUAGAGAAGACUCAGCUAAGCAGAGGCUCACACCAACUGCACGGCCUACGGGGAGCACAACACAGUUCUGGGACCGGAGGACAGAGUUUGAAGCAUGGCUGUGUCAGCAGAUCAAACUCCUCUCAGGAAUCCUCAGUGCCAAAGGAACAAAACUACGAGACAAAGACCUGAAAGUCCAACAGGACCUUCUGACAGGUCUGAGGGCGGAACUGAGCUGGGGUCAGGAGCAGUUCCAGCUCCUCCUCCAGGAAAGUCAGACCAGUGAUGCUGGUCCUGGGGUGGUGGAAGAUGCAGAUCUGGAGGAGCUGCGCUAUCGCUGGAUGCUAUACAAGUCCAAACUGAAAGAUGUGGGAAACCUCAGGACCAGACUUGGUGCCAAGACUGUCCCCAGAAGUGGUGAAAUCCCGCCAUGCCACGCAAGGGAUCAGACAAGACUGCGCUGCCCCAUUGGGGCUGGUUGCAUCCCGGGAUGUGGAAACUGCCAGCCAGGUGGCAAGGAAAUGACCCUCACUGAAGAAAGGGAGCUGGAGAUGAGAGCUCAGAGCAGAACUGUGGAACCCAGCAAAGCAGCACGAGUGGAAAAGAAACCUGGACUGCUGCAGCGGGCGUGUCACCUGGCGCUGCCUCUGUGGCUCCUCCUCCUCGCUCUGCUGCUGCUUGCUUUCCUGCUGCCCCUUGUGGAUGAAAGAAAUACCUGCUCUCUCUCCAACAACUUUGCCCGAUCUUUCAACAUCAUGCUCCGUUACAACGGUCCUCCGCCAACAUAAAGGACUUCCUGUGGACAGCACAGCUGCAGCCAUGAGCUCAGCGCAACUUGUCCCUUUUUACAGCAACUUCCUGUGUUAUUAUGGUCCAUGGCUUUGGUAGGAAAUUUUAAUGAGCUUGGCUAAGCACGCUCUUUGAGCUUCAUUGGUUACUGUAGGAAUUUAUUUUAUGCUUAGGACAUUAAAAACAGGAGCAGCAGACACAAAGAUGUCUCUCUGCAUCUGCAACAGUAUCUCCAGCUUUAACUCCAGAGACUAUGAAUCAUCUCUUCCUGCAGUGCAAACAUCUCCAUUGACGAAGGAAACCGGCGAGGCCACGUGGUCUCGAGUAGCAUCGAUGUAUGCAAAUGUUUCUCAACAGUCUGAUCUGAUAUCAGAAAUCAGGACUUCAGUUUUGAGGAUCGGGCCGAUGCUCCAGAAAGACGGCAAAUUCAAGUGGGAAAAGAACUUUGUGCCAUUUGAUGUAACAAAAAGCAAACAGUCAUUUUCACCGUAAAGUUGUAAUCACAUGACUGGAACCUACGACCGAACUACUAUGCAACUCUGCUUCUGUUAACCUGCUCAUCAUAUUUGACUUAUAUUAGCCAUGAGUUUAGCAUUACUAGUGCUUGGGUAGAAAUGGAAGGUCUACACCAAAAUCCCCAAACCAAAGACAGCAGUCAGUCGCUGAGGCUAAUGCUGCAUUUGAGGCUAGUGGCCCGUGUCUGCAUACGUAGAUGUUUCUUUUCUCUCUCAAGCAGAAAAGACCUGAGAAGAUGCCUGGAAACACUUCAUCUCUGUGUGAUUUGGUUCUGUAACAACAAUAAACAGUGAGCCACUAGUUUAUAGUAGAUGGCAGUAAAAAGUACUCGCCUUCAACAGGAACACUGCCUCUGUCCAGUCUGGCUCAGAUGAUUAUUUAUUUAUUUUUGUCUCUGAUUUUGUGACAUAUUACCUGACUAGACAGAAACGACAAAAACAAAUGGCAUCUGAUUGGUUGCCUGAAAAGGCGCUGCAGUGUUGUCACAGCCCCUUUGUCAAAGGUUAAAUUGUAUUCAUUCAUCCUUUUUUCCAAAAUAGGUUUGCAAAAUCACUUCAGGUCCCUGGUCUCAGAGGGUUAGACCGGGUCAGCCAUCACCCGAACUCCAAUGACUUUGAGAAUUAUAGCGUCUGCUUGGUUCUUACUCUUUUCGUCUUUGUCUUCCUGUCUCACUUCAUUCUCAUGGCUGUUUUACAGACAUGCUGGAUUUGUGUCCAGUCAGUUUCUGUCCCUCAGAUGACACCAACUCCCGCUUCUUCUGUUGGUGCCACUCAGUAAAAAGUGCAGGUUAAUGAUUUACUUGGGAAUUUGCUGAUGACUAUGGGAAUGUUUGUGUGGUCUGAAGUAACUGGUGCAGAUAACUGUUAUUAUUCUCUUGGCUGUUUCCAUUAGGGGGCGCCACAGCAGAUCAAUCAUUUCCAUCUCACCCUGUCCUCUGUAUCUUCCUCUGUCUCACCAACCACCUGCAUGUCCUCCCUCAGCACAUCCAUAAACCUCCUCUUUGGUCU